AUGGAGAGGAGGCGGGAGAGGGAGAGGCUGGGUGGGAACUCUGGAGACACAGGAGACUUUGAGCUGGGUGGAACCAGCGGGAAUGCAGGAGACUUCGAGCUGGGCAGAACCAGCGGGGAUGAGGGAGACUUUGAGCUGGGUGGAACCAUCAGAGACACAGGAGACCUUGAGUUGGAUGGGAGCAGCUGGAUAUCUAGUUUAACACAACAAGUGUCAUGCUAUAAGUUCUAUCAUGUUCUGUUUCAGCUUUCAGAUGCCCUCGAUUUUUCACCACAAAACAACCAGCAAGCAGGAGGCCCAGUAUGGCCCGGCCAACCAGCCAACCCCACCUGGCCUGGCCAGCCUGCUAACCCCACCUGGCCUGGGCAGCCAAACCAACCUGCCUGGCCUGGGCAGCCAAACCAACCUGCCUGGCCUGGGCAACCAAAUCAACCAACAUGGCCUGGACAGCCUGGAUGGCCUGGACAGCCUGGACAGCCUGGGCGGCCUGGACAGCCUGGGCAGCCUACAGCUCCUGGGUGGCCUGGACCUGCACCACAAACCGGCCCUUAUGGUGCUCCUAUCCAAGCUCCAAAAGCACUAACUGUGCCUUUUGACCUCCCACUACAAAAUGGAGCUUUUAACAAGAUGCUUAUCACCAUCACUGGAGAGGUCAAACCCAACGCUAAAAGUAUCACAAUUAAUUUUAGCAGAGGCAACGACAUUGCGUUUCAUUUUAACCCCCGCUUCAAUGAAAGCGGAAAGCAAGUGAUUGUGCGAAACUGCAUGAUUGGAAACAGGUGGGGUAGAGAAGAACGAGAGCUCCCCUCCUUCCCUUUUGUCCCAGGAAAGCCUUUUGAGCUUAAGAUCUUAUGCACUGACACUGAAUUCAAAGUGGCAGUGAACAAGUCACAUCUUCUGGAGUUCAAACAUCGGGUCCGUGAGCUCAACCAGAUCAGAGCUCUUGGUAUCUACAAUGAUGUCACCCUUAACUCUGUAAAUGUGGAGACACUGCAGUGAGAUCAUACCACUGAUUCUGGAGCAGUUUUGUGUCUUAUGUCAAUGACACAUGCAAUGCUCAACCUGUUAAACCACAUGUGCAAGUUAUCUUACCUCCAGUAGUCAUAUAUUUUAAACACUGUAGUAAUGCUGUAGUUAGCUUUGGUACCUCUAGUGGGCCUUUUACUUUCUGGGAAGGAUUGGGUUGUCAUAAGGUUCAAUGACAGGGUUAAAGGGAAGAAAUAUUUUACAUGAACAUUGUGUUUUGUGAUAUUGAAGUACCAUUGUUGAUACUCUUACAAAGUCUGCUACAUUUAUGAUGGUGAUGAUGAAUGAGGAUGAGGAUAAUAGUGGAGGUUAUAGUGGGGAAUUUGAUAGUGGCCAAUCAGGAAUAAUGCAUAAUUAAUGUGAAAUUAGAACUGGAAUAAAGUAGGACUUUAUGAUUCUGUAUUACCUUCAACUGUAACCAGUGCCAAAGACUGUUCUUCUUAAAGGUCCUAUGAUUAAAGAAACAACAACUGAUGUAAACAUUGAGUGGUGGGCAUGUAAUUACAAUCCUCUGUGAGAUCUGUGUAGUACACUUUUACUGCCAGCUCCUAAUAUAAAUAAAAUAACAGCAGUGUAAACUGAA